AACCCUAAUGUUCCUUCAGAUUUACAGUCACGUCUGCGCAACGUUGAAUCCCGUCUAGACAACCUGUCCCCCACAGGACAGGUGGCCACCAAAUUUAAUGACCUUACCACCAGGAUGAAUGCUUUGGAGAGAAAUGUUCCAACAGAUGUGAACUCUCGGAUCAGUCAACUUCAGUCAAGUCUGAACAAUCUCCAGCCCACUGGUCAAGUGGCCAAUCGUCUGAACUUCCUGACCAAUCAAGUGAACACCCUGGAUUCACGGAUUUACUCCCUAGAACGCAAUGCUGGCAAUGACAUUGAAUCAAGGUUCCAGACACUACAAAACACAGUACGUGACCUACAGCAGAGCCUGAAUACAAAUGAGUGCUUGACCAACCCAUGCCUUCAUGGUGGAACCUGUAUGGAUGGGUUCAACACUUUUCACUGUCGGUGUCCGAGACAAUGGACGGGUGUGCGCUGUGAUGAAGAUGUGAAUGAGUGCAAUGAGUACCAAGGGACAGGCCUAGGCUGUCAGAAUGGAGCUACCUGUAACAACACUCCUGGAAGUUACACGUGUACAUGUGCACCAAACUGGCAUGGCUACCAGUGUACAGAACGACAUGACGACUGUACCGGAGCAUCCAAUGAGGCGCUGUGUGGACAUGGAACAUGUGUGAAUCAACCAAGAGUACAGCCAGGCCAGCCAAAAUACACCUGUAUUUGUGAGGAAGGUUGGAGGAACACACCUUCAAACCCUGCCUGUGUGGAAAACGUGGAUGAGUGUAGUGGACCAGUUCCACGCUGCUCCGUUGACCCACCUGUGCCCUGCAUCGACAUACCUGGUUCAUUUUACUGUGGGGCUUGCCCGGCAGGUUACUCUGGAAAUGGCUUCACCUGUGUGGAUAUUAAUGAGUGUCUGAUAAAUAAUGGUGGUUGCUCCUUGGCCCCACGGGUGGACUGUGUCAACAUUCGAGGGUCACGGACUUGUGGCCCCUGCCCCCCAGGUUAUGUUGGCGGAGGAGAAACUUGCAAUUGGGUGGGUGUCUGUUCUCAGAAUAAUGGAGGAUGCAGCCAAUUGGCUACCUGUCGGGAAAAUCCAGGAAUCGGUCCCAGUAACCGUGUGUGUCAGUGCAGACCAGGUUAUACUGGGAGUGGAGAGGGCCCCAACGGGUGUCAGCCAGAGUCCACUUCCGGGCCUUGUGCGGGCUCACCAUGUGUACAUGGGGGAACAUGCCUGGUGACGGGUAACACAUAUCGCUGCUCUUGUCCACCUGGCUACACAGGAAAUAACUGUGAGACUAAUGUUGAUGAGUGUGCGAGCUCUCCAUGUCAUCAUGGCGGAACCUGUCAGGACAGAAUCAACGGCUUCGUGUGCAUCUGUACCUCAGAGUACAGUGGCCCUACAUGUGACGAGAGACAGGAGACUUGUGGUGGUGCUCUAACCGGAGAAUCCGGUUCUCUGACCUUCCCACGGCAGACAGGCACCCAGACCCCACAUGACCUCAGCUGUGCCUGGUCUAUUACUACAACCCGAGGAAAGGUAAUAACUUUGACAUUUUCAAGAUUCAAUCUGGAAGCCCAUUUCAGCUGUAAUUAUGACUUCCUGCAAAUUCACGAUGGCCCAACAGCGUCUGCUUACCAGAUUGGCCAAUACUGUGGGAGUGGCCUUCCUAACAAUGGAACUAUCAUCAGCACCCACCAUCAACUCUACUUGUGGCUGCGUACAGAUGCGUCUAUUUCAGGAGAUGGAUUCUCCCUUACAUGGGCUUCAGGAGACCCAGUGUGUGGGGGUAACAUCGUGGCUGAACAUGGACAAAAAGAGCCUGGGUACCCUGGCCGCUACCCUCACAACAGCGACUGUGUCUGGACAGUGUCUGUUCCCCCUGGCAACACGAUUCUCUUCACUUUCGCUCAACUGAACAUUGAGACUCAUUCUAAUUGCAGCUAUGAUUUCUUGAGAGAUUUCCGUGAUGGCCUGCUGGAUUCCUCCAACCCCCUGGGCACUUACUGCAGCACCCUCUCCCCCGCCCCACUGGCUACCACAGGACCAUAUGCCUAUGUGAGAUUCCACACAGACGCCAGCCUCAAUGAUAUAGGCUUUCACAUUACUUUUGCCAGCAUCCGGGCGGACACUCAGUGUGGAGGUGUGCUGACCAAUGCCAGCGGUGCUAUUACCUCCCCUGGCUACCCAGGACCUUACCAGCACAAUGCUCAGUGUGUGUGGACAAUCACGGUGGCAUCUGGAAGUUCUAUCUCCCUCACCUUUUCAGACCUGGACUUGGAGGGGCACAGGGCCUGUCAGAGAUGGGCCAGAUGA